UUGUGUCGAGGAGGCGCUGUUGAAGACACGGAACAAGAGCAAGAGGUUGCCUCGUUUGGAUCUUGGAAUCUUCCGUCAGAGGAUUUCCAUGGUCUUUGGGAAAGUCUGGUCUAUGAUUCAGGAAUCAAGCACCGACUUCUUCGAUAUGCUGCAAGUGCACUUCUGUUUUCAGAGAAAGGCGUAAACUGUCAGCUUGUUUCUUGGAACAGGGUGGUUUUGUUGUUCGGACCACCUGGUACAGGAAAAACAUCUCUGUGUAAGGCACUGGCCCAAAAGCUAUCUAUACGUUUCAAAGAAAGGUAUCAGACAGCUCAUCUUAUCGAAGUGAAUGCGCACUCUCUCUUCAGCAAAUGGUUCUCCGAAAGUGCAAAGCUUGUGAGCAAGCUGUUCAGUCACAUCCAGUCUUUUGUGGAGGAUAGAAGUUCGUUGGUGUUCGUACUUAUUGACGAAGUUGAGAGCCUAGCUGCGGCACGUCAGGCUGCUCUAAAUGGCUCAGAUCCUUCGGAUGCUAUAAGGGUCGUGAAUGCAUUGUUGACUCAGCUUGAUAAACUGAAGCAGCAUCCCAACGUCAUGGUUCUAACGACUUCGAAUUUGACACAUGCCAUUGAUCUGGCGUUCAUUGACCGAGCUGACAUCAAAGCCUUUAUUGGACCACCGUCACUGCAAGGGCGUUAUAAUAUGCUGCAUUCGAGCUUCUGCGAGCUUCAACGAGUUGGGAUUGUUGAAGAGGUGGAGGGCAACACUGUCUAUCCGUCCACUUACAACGAAUUGAUGCUGAGCGAUUGUGAAGACAUGGGGAGUAGUAAGGGUGUCCACUUAGGGAAGAAGCUUCUCGAGGUCGCCAAGGCGUGUGAGUCGUACCUUCCACCAACUCUGCUCUUCAUCCCAUCCCACCAUCUUCGCUCCUCGUCCCAUCCCACGAUUGCUGCUCCUCAUCUCAUCUCACCAUCUCUGCACCUCAUUCUGUCCCACCAUCUCUGCUCCUCAUCCCAUCCCAUCCCACCAUCUCCAUUCACAAUCCCAUCACACCAUCUCUAUUCACCAUCCCAUCACACCAUCUCUAUUCACCAUCCCAUCACACCAUCUCUGCUCCUCAGCCCAUCCCACCACUGCUCCUCAGCCCAUCCCGCUGCCUUUGCUCCUCAUCCCGUCCACCAUCUCUGCUCCUCAUCCCAUCCCACCAUCUCUCUAAUCAUCCCAUCUCAAAACCUCAGCUCCUCAUCCCAUCCCAUCCCACCGUCAUUUCAUUAUCCCAUCACACUAUCUCUGCUGCUCAUCUUAUCCCAUCAUAUUUGCUCCUCAUCCCAUCCUAUCAUCUCUGCUCCUUAUCCCAUCACACCAUUCCUUCUCAUCCCAUUUUCACCAUCUUUUCUCCUCAUCACAUCCCAUUAUUUCGCGUCCUCAUCCCGUCCUACUAUCUCAGCUCAUCAUCCCAUCCCACCAUCUCUGCCGCUCAUUCCAUCCCUCCAUUUUUGGUCCUCGUCCCAUCCCACCAUCUCUGCUGCUCAUCCCAUCCCAUCAUCUGCUCCUCAUCCCAUCAAACCAUCUCUGCCCCUCAUCCCAUCACACCGUCUCUUCUCAUCCCAUUUUCACCAUCUUUUCUCCUCAUCCAUCACACCGUCUCUUCUCAUCCCAUUUUCACCAUCUUUUCUCCUCAUCCCAUCCCACCGUCUCCGCUCCUCAUCUCAUCCCACCAUUCUCAUCCCAUUUUCUCCGCCUUUUCUCCUCAUCCCAUCCCGCUUUUCCGCCUUCUCAUCCCAUCCCACCAUCUCUGCUCCGCAUCCCAUCACACCGUCUCUUCUCAGCCCAUUUUCGCCAUCUUUUCUCCUCAUCCCAUCCCACUAUGUCGCCUCUUCAUCCCAUCCCACCAUCCCUGCUCAUUAUCCCAUUCGACUAUUCCGCCUCCUCAUCCCAUCCCACCAUCUCUGCCUCUCAUCCCAUCCCACCAUCUCUCAAAACAUCCCAUCCCACAACCUCAGCUCCUCAUCCCAUCCCAUUUCACCUUCUCUUUUCAUUAUCCCAGCCCACUAUCUCUCCUGCUCAUCUUAUCCCAUCAUAUCUGCUCCUCAUCCCAUCACACCAUCGCUUCUCAUCCCAUUUCCACUGUCCUUUCUCCUCAUCCCAUCCCAUCUGACCAUCUCUGCUCCUCAUCCCAUCCCACCUUCUCGGUUCAUCCCUUGCCACCAAUUCUCCUCGUCCCAUGCACACGUGCUACCGACGGCCAUCAACAGCCCACAGGGUCCGGGCUCAUGUAGGUUGGUGGGAGAAGGGACAGCAGCAUCACUCUGUGCAUCAGGUGCAUAG